CCCCGUUACGCACCUAUUAAACAAACCAACGCAGAAUCCAUUCACACUCAGCAACGGAAGUAACACCAGCUCUCCACCCCUGAAACCAGAAACAUCCCCUCAAAAAUGGGCUCCAACAACCCCACCCGCACCACGCCGAGCACCACCACCACCACCGUGCCCCCAGGCCCCUCCUUCCCGCUCGCCUCCCUCCCGGACGCCUCGUCGCCGGAGCUGGUCCUGACGCACCCGACGCCGGCCGAGCGCGAGCGCACCUGGGCGCUGACCUACCCGAAGUGGGGGCCCGCGCUGCGGUCCGAGGCCGACUACCUCGCGCGCGAGGCCUACCUGACGACGGUGCCGCUGGCGCGCGACGGCGGCAUCACGCACUGGAUCCUGACGGUGCGCGGCCUGCCGCCCGACGCGCGGCCCGUGCUGUCGUCGUGCGAGAGCCUGCGCAAGCGCGCCGUGUAUACCACCACGGUCGCUGCUAGCGCCGAUGCUAAUGCUAACGGCAACGGCAAGGAGGGCGGGGGAGCGGCGGCCGGGGUGGUGGUGGUGGAUGGGGUGGCGCACGGGAUCGCGAGCGUGUUUACGGAUCCGGCGUAUCGCGGGCGGGGGUAUGCGAGUCGCAUGAUGAGCGAGCUGGGGCCCAGGCUGCGGGAGUGGCAGGCCGGGAUGGGAAGGGGGAAAGGCGAGGGGAACGGGGAGGGGCGCGUGGAAAAAGGGCACUCGCUUUUUUCGGUGCUGUACAGUGAUAUUGGGAAGAAGUUCUACGCGAAGCAUGGGUGGGCGCCGUUCCAGAGCAGCCAUGUGGCGUACAAGCCCGUCGCGGGAGCCGGGAGCGCCAGCGGACAGGGCGGGCAGGUGGUGGCCAGGCCGAUUGGGUAUCAUGACCUGGCGGAGCUGUGCGCCGUGGAUGAGAGGUUGCUCCGGGCUGACCUGGUCAGACGGCCGGCCAACCAAACGCACGUGGCGAUCUUGCCAGAGCUGGACGCCAUGCUGUGGCAUCUCAUGCGCGAGGACUACAUGACCAAGGCUAUCUUCGGGCGGACGCCAACCAUCAGGGGCGCUGUGGCCGGGGAGCCGGGGAAGAGGAUCUGGGCGGUGUGGACGAGGGGCUACUACGGCGGCCUGAACAAGAUGGAGGGGAACACGCUGCACAUUCUGAGGGUUGUUGUGGAGGACCCGGAGCAGCCUGAUGAGGAGCUGGUGGACGGCUUCCGGUCGAUUGUGCAGAUGGCGCAGGCGGAGGCUGCCGAGUGGAAGACGCAGGAUGUGCAGGUCUGGAAUCCGACGGCCAAGCUCAGGGGACUCAUCGAGAAGUGCGGCGUCGAGUAUGAAUUCGUGGACCGCGACAAGGAGAGCAUUGCCAGCCUGAUGUGGUACGGCGAAGAGCCAACUGCCGAGGUCGACUGGGUUGCGAACGAGAAGUUUGCAUGGUGCUGAGCGAUGUCUGGGCCAGGCGAGUAUGGCAUGCGUGUCAAAUGGAAACGCACAUAUGGCGGCUUGGGGAAUUAGACACUUGGGCAGGAGUACAGAGUAUACCUAAGAUCCUUGGGUGGAAUCUGGGUUUCUAGAAACGGGUUCAAGAGCUUCACACGUAAAUCGGCUUGGAACAUGGAAGAUGGAGGGCCGGCAGGGUCCCAGGCUACCUGAUGAUUGGCAUAAUGGCUACAAGACCUCCCUUUCACAGUAAGGGAGCUCACAUGGCGUCUUGAGAACUUCGUCUAGCCUUCUGCCAUUCCAUUCACAUUUCUCAACACACUAGAACGCAUAGUGUACAAUACAACGCAAACCUUCUCGAGGAACUGCCGGGGUAGAAGUUGCGGAGCAAUUCCCCUCUGUGUGGCAUCUGGCCCAAGAUACCUACCUA